CGAAGACGAGCACCACGAGCUCGCUCCCCUCCAGCAGCGAGCGCUCCUCCAGCUCCGCUUGCAACAACCUCACGGAAGGAGGUAGGUGUCGCGCCCAACCCGUUGCUGGUUAAUCAGCUGAAGUUGCUGCUGCCCUGCCCCGCAUGGCACCCCAGGGGCGGAGAGCGACGAGGAGAUACGGCGGGGUGCCAGAGAUGGGCGGCGCGUCGGCGUCGGCCUCGUCGGGCGCCGGCGCGGACGAGCGUCCCAAGGGGGAGGACGGCAAGCAGGGGCAGGUGGCGGCGGGGGCGCAGCCUCCAGCGGGCGGGAAGAAGCGCGGGCGCACGGCGGGGGACAAGGAGCAGAACCGGCUGAAGCGGCUGCUGCGGAACCACGUGUCCGCGCAGCAAGCGCGGGAGCGGAAGAAGGCGUACCUGACGGAGCUGGAGGCGAAGGCCAAGGGUCUGGAGCUCCGCAAUGCGGAGCUGGAGCAGCGGGUGUCCACGCUCCAAAACGAGAACAACACGCUCCGCCAGGUUAUAGAUGUUAGUGGAAAAGAAUUCAAAUUCACCUGGGCAUCUGGACGUGGCGAAUUGUGUGAUAUUUAUGAAGAACGCCAGAGUGGAGAGGAUGGAAAUGGGUUGCUUCUGGAGUGUGGCUCUACUUGGCGCAAGUGAACCCUAUAGCCUGGGCAGUUCCUACAAAACAUGAGGGUGAUGCCAGUGAAGAAGCUUCUCUCGCCGAUGAGACACUUGCAUCAGAAGUAGUGCUAACCCGGAAGAGGAAAAUAGGAAGCUCUUUGUCAGUAGAGCCAAACCAUCUCUCUGAUGAACUUGAACCAAAGUUGGAGGAUGCUUAGAACGGGGAGACGUCUAACUGAAAAGUAAAAGUGGGCAGCAUCGUGAUGCCAACUUACCCCCCUGCCAUGGUUUUAUUGGUCCUCUGCUUGUUUCUCGUUUUCCUUGGGAGUCAGCUUCUCUGUUUUAUGUGGUCGCACACGGCCUUAUUUGUAGUAUUACACCACAGAAGCUGGCUGACCCCCACUGAGGGAGAGGUGAUUGAUGCAAGCAUUGUGUAUGAUCCUUGGACAAGGGAAUCGCGGGGGUUUGGUUUUGUCACCAUGGCUGCUACUAAGGAGGCAGAUCACUGCAUCAAAUAUCUGGAUUGUUCUGUGUUGCAAGAACAUUUUAUUGUUUUGUCUUCACCACCGAGAAUCCGAGAUCGCCUCCCAUAGCCUCCACAUCCAUAAGGUCCUGCUUGACUGCGACGACGUCCAGGCUGAUGCCCUCAUCGUGGAUCGACUCGCCUCGCUCUAGAAGGAGUGGCCCCUCUGGAGUUGAAUAUGCAGUUAUAACCAAAUUUUACCCCUUUUAUCCUAGAAGAGUUGCCAAGACACGGUAUAAGACCAUGAUAAUAGACUAAGAGAGGAUUUGGCUCUAAUUACUAUAUGUUUUAUUUAUGCAGUCCCAUGAGAACUUUGAGUAUUUGCAGAUUGCUUUAUUAAUUUAUUAAAGUUAAAGAUUGUAUGUGUUGAGUAUGUAUCCACUCUUGUUGGAAGUGUCUUGCAAUUCCAAUCCAAGGAUGUAUAAAAUACUGCAUGGGCUAAGUAUGUGUUUUUUCAUGUAUUUGGAGUAUAUAUACUUUUUGUUGCUUGAGAACAUGUAUGUACACUAGAAGCUUGUCAAUUGUGUGAACUUGAGUUGAUCCCUGUCUAACCUGAGUAUAUAUAUAUAUAUAUAUUUUGUUGCUUGAG